UUUCCCUCCUUUACUUUUUUUGCUAGGGAUGACCUCCAAGAAUGCUUCAGGUGAAGCUAAUAGUAACUGGAGAUGACUUUGGCUACUGUCCUCGGAGAAACCAAGGCAUCGUGGACUGCUUCCUGGCUGGUGCAGUAUCUAACGUGUCCCUUCUAGUCAACGGAAGUGCUGCAGCAGAUGCAGCCGAGCUGGCACGGAGACACAACAUCCCAAUAGGCCUCCAUGCCAACCUCUCCGAGGGCUCUCCUGUGUGUGAGGCGCUCAAAACAAACUCUUCGCUGCUCAACCAAGAUGGAUUCUUCCAUGGGAAAAUGGGAUUCAGAACAGCACUAUCAAAAGGUCUCCUGAAUAUGUCAGAGGUAAAGCAGGAGCUAAAGGCCCAAGUGGACCUGUUCCAUGAGCUGACAGGUCACCUACCUCCUCACAUGGAUGGGCACCAGCACGUCCAUGUCCUCCCAGAGGUCAGGCACAUAUUUGCAGAGGUGUUAGAGGAAUAUGGGAUUAAGUACACACGUGUCCCAAUAGAGCCAGGCCUCCAUAAAUGUGACUGGAUUUCACCAUCCCUGAUGGAGUUUUACCUGGGAGUGGAAGAGGACUCUUUUAACACAGUGGAUGUGUUUACAAGUCAUGGAAUAAGGUGGCCAGACAUUUACAUAGGGUUGACCACCAUGGGCAAGAACAUGUCUGUCAGUAACAUCUGGAGCGCCAUCGACAGUGCCAUCACAGAGUUCACGUCCAAGGCACCCUCACCCACCGAGCCAACACCACAGAGCAGGACCAUAACGAUCGAACUGAUGGUGCAUCCCGGGUACCCCAGUGUCCCACCCGUCGGCGGCUGCGGGGAAGGACCGGAUGACUUCUCGCAGUCCUGGGAGCGCCUUCACGAACUCCAGACGUUAAUCAAUCCAGAGCUGCAGAGCCAUUACAAAACCAGGAACAUUCAGCUUUGUUCCUUCAAAGAUCUUUAGGCAAGCGACCAUACACACCUUUGUUCAGACUUGCAAGACAGUUACCAGUGCAGUACCUCCUGGUGCAGCUGACAGGGGAAUGAAUAGCCUGGGGACAGCAGCAGUGUUCAUGGAAGAACACCACCGUCAGCAGCUACAGGUAGCACCCCGGUGCCCUGACCAGCAGAUUUUAGGUCACAGCCCCUGCUCUGAAGGUGACAGACCUCCCCUGCUCCCCAUAGCCCUGCACCCUUCCAGCACAGUGUGGCAGCCAAGGCCCAGCCCUCCUCCCAGGGCCCAGUUCCUAUGAC